GUGUCUCUAAUGGGCGGCUCUUUAGGUCUCAAGUCAACAGUGGCAGUGGGCAGCACCUUCUAUUUCGACCUCUUCCUGCACGCCCCCACCUCCACUGUCGCGCCCUUCAUCGCAGCCUCCUCAUCCUCCGCCUCUCUCUUCCACCAGCCGGCCCCCCCUUCCGUGCAACCCCUCCCAGCAUCAUCAUCAUCAUCAUCAUCAUCAUCAUCAUCAUCAGCAGCAGCAGCAGCAGCAGGAGCAGGAGGCGCAGGAGCAGGAGCGACCCCCCCUGUACCACCCUCCUCCUCUGCCGCACCUCUCACUGCCUCCCCCUUCCCGAUCCUCCCUCUCCCAACCGAUCUCACAGACCUUCCUUUCCUGCAGCGGCUGAAAGGGCUGCACGCCUUGGUGGUGGAUGCAAACCGGGCCAAAUGUCUCUACACAGAGUAUUCGCACACAGGGAGUACUGGGGGGAUCGUCCGAUGA